AUGACGACAAAACCUGUUCCUUCGCAACGCUCUUGGAUUCAUUACUCAGAGACAGUACUGAACGAUGGACAGCAGGACUGGAACAGCCGUUUAAAUGGAUCCACAUCUCAAGUCAAUUCCCAAUCAUCGUCCGUUACGCUUCGUCAAAAGGUCCGACCAUCGAUAACUCCCGAUAGAACAUCGGGAAUCAGCUGCGCCUCGUGGGACCAAAAAACCCAUCAGAGAGCUCGCGAUCGCGGCCACCGACACCGCCUAGGUCGCAUGUUCGCGCGUUCUACUCCCUCAAUCAACACGGAGGAGAAUCUUCAAGCUGUGGUACAAAUGGACAACCUGAUGACGCGUUUGAAAGCUUUUGAAAAUGGAAAUUUACCGAAAAUUCCUCAGGAACUUUUAAGCAUUUUCCCGCAGAAUUUGCCUAGACACGACUUCUCAAUGAUUGAGAAGAUUUGGAGUAAACUCACAACACGUGAACUUCAGGAGUCAAACGGUAUUUCAAAUAGCUCAAACAGAAAAACCAAAGACCAACAACUUUCUGCGAUAAUGGAACUUCUGCAUACGGAGGCAUGUUACUUGAAAACCCUGGAGAUGAUCAUUGAUGUUCACGUUGCAGUUUACAUUGACCUGACAAAGUCUUCAAUCUGGUCAACCCACUUGCUAUACCACGGUGCUUCCCAUGACCGACUGGUCCACUCCCUUACCGAUCAGAAUCUUCUCGAGCCAGCUACCACCAGUGGCUCUGGCUUAGGCUUUGUUCGAGAACGAAUCCGCAGUGUGGCCCACCUCAACCGUCUGUGGAGUCGCGGAGGUCCUGAAGGUAUUUCCUCCUCAUCUUCCUCCCUGAGCAACCUCUCUGCAAUCCCUCUCGGUGAUCUUCCUGGUUUUCCUGCCACCACCUUCGAGAAUAUUUUUGGUAACAUUGGAGCCAUCUACGCAGUGAAUCAUCGCUUCUGGAUCGAUUGUUUCGAACCCUGUCUGAUCGAUGACACUGUGAUUGACGUGAAGCAUUGUAUUCGGAGCAUGCGAAAGACCUUCUCCCAGUUCAAAAGCUACUUCCAUCCCUACGUGGAUUUCAUGGAAACGUACGGUACCCUCGUGGCUAAUAUAAAGUAUUUGGAUGAAAAUAACAAGCUCUUCGCCGCGUACCACGAGUGGACCAAAUCCAACAACACACUGCACUCCCGGGAGAGCCUGACUGGACUCCUAGCCCAGCCUUUUCAACGACUAACUCGAUAUGGCAUUCUACUCAGACGAAUCGAAGAGUCGACUGCCGACGAAUACGAGAUUUCUGCCCUGGAAGAAAUGCUCGCUGCAGUUGACGACUUUGUUAGAGAAGUCGACUUCAAUCACAACAAACAAGAUGCUGCAACAAAAUUGAGCAGUUUCAUCAAGCGGAUUUCCAAAUAUGCCUAUGCUGAAACAGUUCGGUCCGAUUUCAAUGUGGAUCUGCCAUUUGGGUCAACAGACAUUGUGCAAAUGUUGCAACGGCCAAUGAAAUUGGACGGGCGCCAUUGCACGCGGGAGCCAAUCGCUGAAGUGCAGGCCAAGGUCAAAUGCUUAGGCGGAAAGGUUUCGGAUGCGUUGUGCGUUCUACUCACAGACAUGGUCCUCAUCUGUGAACAGUCUAUCUCAAAGAAGCAUCUCAGUGUCUACCGACCACCGAUUGCGCUGAAAAAUUUAACAAUCCUUCGCAAAAGGGACCAUCCAGGCUCAUACGUGGGGCUUAUUACCAACGACCUCGGUUUGCUGGUGGAAAGCUACUUACUUACAAGCGAAGAUAGGGACUUUGAUGCCUGGGUCUCGCUAGUAAACCAACAAAAAGUAAGUGGUUUGGUUCCAUGCACAUAGCGAAAUUCCUCAAGUGGAUCCAUGCAGUCGCAGAUGCUGACUCCCGACUGCUACCACGGCCGGCAUAGCCUGCCGCCUCGUAAUGAGCACCACCGACGCCUCUCCCACGACUCCUCCACAGGCAACCGGGGAGGGUCCAGGGGCAGCGAAUUUCGUCACUUGCCGCCCCAGCCCAACUACUUCACCCUGGAUAGCCGUCCACAGCCCCUGCUCGAGGGAAUCAAGCCGGGCGCCUCCUACUCCUCCCGCCCCGCCUGCCUGCGCCUUCCGCUUGCAACCGACGCGGGCUCCUCCACCGUGGAGGAAGACAGCACGCGCAAGAGCGUCACGAAGAGCGACUCGUCCACCUCGCGAUUCUCCUCGGACUCCUUCAGCCUCACCUCCACCACGGGAGACACACGCUCGACUAGGUCCUCGUCGGUGGCUCGCUCAUUGGAAGACUCGAAAGGCAUCAUCGCUGACAUCGUGCAGACUGAUACUGCACAGAAACAGUCGACGCAGUAA